ACAGUGGAACUUUGGUGUUUGGGGAUUUGACCUCAUAACCAUCUGAUAAAAACCCCAACAUCUUAAGGACUGAACUACAAAAUCCCUACAAGGUCCUGUAGUAAUAUGUUAGGAUGUUACAGAUGGAUACUACACAAUGUAAAGUAGUAGACCGAAUAUGUGCAUAUACAUCUUUAGGUGAUUUUAAAUGUAUAUAUUUUUCAAAACUAUAAAUUAUGUUUAAUGCAAUUACCGGAACUCAUUUUGCGGCGUAUUGUUUCCACCGGACGGGAUUACGGAAACAAAUCUAAUACACGUGCAAUAUAAUGCGGUGUAUUUUAAAGUUUUGACUUUAUGAGAAUUUAGAUCAAAGUGUUUAUUGCAUGUUUCUGUGAUUAUUUGCUCAUAAAAAUAAAAGUGCACGCAUGGAUUCUCAGUAGAGCCGAGCAGGAGUGGCUGAAGAUUCGACUCUCCUCAACGGGAGUCGACUCUUCACGUUCACUGCAAAGAAUCGGCUCAUGGGACCGACUCGUUUAUGAACGACACAUCACUAUAAUACACGGAACUGAUUUGUCUUGAAGUGCAACACUGUUAUAAACAAAUAAAUACAUAUAUAAACAAACAAACAAACAAAUAGGUUCCAUCACAAUAAUAUUAAUAGUAUAAAAUCGCGAGUAGAAAUAUUAGAAAUAAUGAACGCUGAUGUGGAUGAGAUGUUGAGAUGGUUGGAGAUCUUUGGCUGGAGAUUAAGCAGAUUGCAGGAACACUUUGGCCUCCAGGAAGGUUCUUGUUUUACAAUCAGAGCUUUUCCCCUGAACUCGGCACAGAAGGUCACCGCAGCUCUUCUCCAUGAAGUUCCCCGUGAAGAUCCUUUUCUUUGGAGGUCUGAGCGCAGUUCUGAUUGCGCUCCAAUGGAGUGGACCUUCUUUCACCGAGGAGUCUCUGAAAGGAACGAGGGUGCUGGUGACGGGUGCGAGUACCGGCAUCGGGGAGCAGGUGGCGUACCACUACGCUCGCAUGGGAGCUCAGAUCGUCAUCACGGCGAGAAGAGAACAUGUAUUAAAGGAGGUUGUAAAGAAGUGUUUGGAUCUUGGAGCUCAGAAAGCUCUGUAUAUCUCAGCGGACAUGGCCGAGUCGGCUGACGUGAGCAGGGUGGUGGAGUUUGCUGAAGAGCAUCUAAACGGGCUCGACUACCUCGUGCUUAACCACAUCGGGCCGAGUCCGUACAGGAUGUGGGAUAAAGAUUUGGAUCAUGUUCGAUGGCUCAUGCAGGUGAAUUUCCACAGUUACCUGCACAUGGCUGUGAAAGCUUUACCACGACUGGAGAAGACCAAUGGAUCGAUAAUAGUCGUCUCUUCCUUACUGGGUAAAAUGUGUUCUCCGUACGCUCUGCCAUACAUCGCUACCAAAUUUGCCCUGAACGGCUUCUUCGGGAGCUUCCAACAUGAGCUGGCGAUGAAGCAAAGCAACGUGAGCAUCACCAUCUGCACCCUGGGCCUCAUCGACACCGAGGCAGCCAUGGAGAAGAUCAAAGGCUACAUCGACAUGCCUGCGUAUCCUGCACACGAGGCUGCGUAUCAGAUCAUCAAGGCCGGAGCUCUUCGUGAGAGCGAGGCCUUCUACCCCUGGUACACCUACUACUCCACCCUCUUCAGAGACUGGUUCCCGUACCACAGAGAUCAGGUCAUUAGGAUGGUUUACAAAUACAAGCCCUGAGCAGGUGCUGAUCACUGGAGGAGCUUGUGGAGUGUUCAUCUGGAGCUCUGGAGAGAAAACUUGAAAAAAGGAAACGUGGAUGUAGUGUAUAAAGCAGAAAUGCUAUAAAGUGUCUGAAAAGUGUGGAAACAUCUGGGAGUUACUGGGUUUUGAGAGACACAUGCAUGUUCCUUUUAGUUUCUAUUCAGCAAACACGGUACCUCGGUUCCUUCAACCAAACAAAUCCAUUAAUGUCCAGAAGAUUUAUUUUCAUUAAAAAUCCUCCCUUCAGAUUUACACACACUCAGCAUUUCUCCAAACCUUCAGCAAAACUCACCAAAGAUGUUCUUCACUAGUUGGAGAUUAUUUUUUCUCUUUCUGUCUUUCUUUCUUUCUUUUUUCUUUCUUUCUUUCUUUCUUAGUCUGAGCGCUCUCUCUCUCCCCCUCCCUCCCUCCAGACGACUGUUAGCCGCAGUCCAGACGGAAUUGCAUGGUGUUGAAGUAUGAAAUGGUUGCCAUGUUGGUUGCUUUUACCUACAUGUCACGUACAUGUGUAUAAAAUGAGUGAGCAUCUUCUCCAAAACAUAAACGUGUGAAGGUAACAGUUACAUUUCAUUCAUCCAAAACCUACUUUUAUUCGCCGAAGUUUUAAAAUUCGUGACUUCGUCUGUUGCAUAGAAAUGAAAGGAACGUGCAAACGUCUUUAACAAAUAUAUUAAUAAUAAUAUUUAAUUCAUUCAUCAUUCUAUUUUCCUUUUUAAUGACAUAAUUGUAAUUUUUAUUUGAAAUAAAUAUAAAAAUACUUU